AUGAGACCUUACCCGAGACCCUUGGGGCUUGCUCGAAUCCAGAGCUCACCCCACCCCAAUGGGAUAGCAAACAUGCAACGAUCCCCAGGUCACUCUAAUUCGGCCUCCAUAAUGGUAACCAAGAACAAAUUCAUUGAAAAACUGCAGCCGACCAAAUGCAGCAUCUGUCUCGAGGAUUACAACAGCGAUCAUGUGCCGGUCGAGCUUCCAUGCAGCCACAUAUUCGGCGGCCACUGCAUCGUUGAACAGACGGAAAGUAGGAUGCCAAACAACAACCGGUGCCCGCUCUGCCGACACGAGCUGUUUGAACAAGAGGACUUCCAUUCAUUCGACAACACCUUCUACAGCAGUGACGAAGCGCUGGUUGAAUUCAAUGAUUACGGCGACUCAACAGAUGAGGACGCGAGAGAACUUGAGGAGCAACAAAAUCGACAGAUGCUUGCUGCGCCUCUGAAUACUCAGCUGGCACAUCGUACACAACUCACGAGCAGUAUUUCUCUGGCUGGAAUCACUAGCGCGCCAAGAACGCAGCGUAAUAGUCGUUAUCAGGAGUUUAGGGUGCAUGCUGACCGAAUACGCGAAUUGAGGAGGGCGCCCAGUCCAAAAUCACUCAGAUGCACAAAAAUAUACACCGAGGUCGAAGAAGAAUCAGAUUCGGGAUCUGAUGAGUAUGAGUACGAAUCAGAAGAAAUCGACUCUGCAGAUGAACGUGAGGAGAGGCGCGCCUACAAACUCCUACCAGGCGAAUACGACACAACCCUACCUGACCAGUCUUCUGCAUCACACUAA